ACCGCGCGAGAACUAAACAGAAGGACGAAGACAAGGCAAGAUGGCGUCUUACGAAGAAGACGUUGUUGCGGUUAUGUAGUUCUUUGGUCAUAAUACGUGCAUAUAUGUACACAUAUACGUCGUGUAAUAUAGUAGAAAUUGUUGAUAAUUGUUUUGUAUCCGGAUACAUUAGUUUGGGCGCACUUCGACGCGUCUCGUGUUAGCUUAGCAUGCUAGUUAGCUUAGCUUGUUAGCUGCUAACAAAGAGACGCGGACGUUAUCAACACAUCGCUAAGUAGAGAUCAAAUGUGAGUGUAAAGUGUUGUGAUUGUGGGAAAAUGUGCGAAAGGACGAUAGCAAAGUAUGAGGAGGAACUUUGUCCGAUAAAAGAGAAGGAGCGGCAACAUCAACUACUGGACGCUGUUUUCAAGACACAUCAAGUUGUGUUACACAGAACAGACGUCUGUGAAGAACAUCUUGUAUGUGAGCAGCAGAAGUGGAGCUUCAACAUGGACCAGAAGGAGCCACAUUCCUCCCACAUUAAAAAGGAAGACGAGAUGCCACAGACCCCUCACCAUAAAAGGGAAGAGGAGGACCCACUGACCCCUCACAUUAAAAAAGAAAAGGAGGCGCCACAGACCUUGCACAUUAAAAAAGAAAAGGGCCCACCGAACCUCCAAUUUGAAGAAAUAGAGGAGGCAUCACAGCCCCCGCACAUUAAAGAAGAAGAGGAGGAACACAGCAUCAGGCAGGAGGGAGAUCAUAUUGAAGGACUGGUGGAGUUCCCAGUGACUGGUGUCCCUGUGAAGAGUGAAGAUGAUGAGGUCAAAGGUGAAAGUGAGGAGAAGAGAGAGGCGGAGCCUCCAAGCAGCAGCUCAACACAACACAUGACAACAGAAGCUGAUGGAGACCACUGUGGAGGAUCACAAGCAGACAAGCUCUUAGCUCCACUAUCAGAUAGUGAGGACACAACGUCACACUCUCCUGACACUGAUGAUGAAGACUCUAAAGAUGAGAAGGCAAACACUCACUUCAAAUGUUCUCACUGUGACAAAACCUUUAAUGCCCGUUGUAGUCUGAAAAGGCACACAAGAACACACACGGGAGAAAAACCUUUUCCCUGCUCCGAAUGCGGUAAACGUUUUGCACGAAAAGACGUCUGUGGAAAACAACGGAAGUGGAGCUUCAAGAUGGACCAGGAGGAACCACGUCCCUCCCACAUUAAAAAGAAAGACCAGACCCCCCACAAUAGAAAGGAAGAGGAAGACCCACUGAUCCCUCACUUUAAAGAGGAAAAGGAGGUGCCAGAGACCUUGCACAUUAAACAAGAAAGGGACCAACUGACCCUCCGAGUCAAAGAGGAAGAGGAGGCACCACAAUCCCCUCAUGUUAAAGAGGAAGAGGAGGAACACAGCAUCAGUCAGGCUAAAUGGUUGGAGGAGUUCCCAGUGAUUAGAGUUAUUGUGAAGAGUGAAGAUGAUGAGGUCAAAGGUGAAAGUGAGGAGAAGAGCAGCAGCUCAACACAACACAUGACAACAGAAGCUGAUGGAGACCACUGUGGAGGAUCACAAGCAGACAAGCUCUUAGCUCCACUAUCAGAUAGUGAGGACACAACGUCACACUCUCCUGACACUGAUGAUGAAGACUCUAAAGAUGAUAAGACAUGUCACACUCGCUUGAAAUGUUCUCACUGUGACAAAACCUUUCAUCGCCGUUGUAGUCUGAACAGACACAAGAGGACACACACGGGAGAAAAACCCUUUUCCUGCUCGGAAUGCGGUAAAGGUUUUGCACGAAAAGAUACGUUGAAAGACCACAUGAAAAUACACAGUGGGAAAAAACCCUUUUCCUGUUCAAUCUGCGGUAAAGGUUUUGUACAACGACAGUAUGUAAAAGUACACAUGAGGACACACACUGGUGAAAAACAGAUUUCUUGCUCAAUCUGUGGGAAAGGUUUUGCGCGAAGCGGGUAUUUGAAAUUACACGUGAAAUUACACACCGGAGAGAAAACGUUUACCUGUUCAGUCUGUGGUAAAGGAUUUGUACAAAAUCAAAAUUUGACAGUACACAUGAGAACACACACCGGUGAAAAACCUUAUUCCUGUUCAAUCUGCAACCGACGUUUUUCUGACCGAUCAGCAUUUGUAGUACACUUGAGAGCGCACACCGGUGAAAAACCGUAUCCCUGUUCGAUCUGCAACAAAAACUUUUGUGGCCGUUCAACACUUGGAAGACACAUGAGAACGCACACAAGAAAGAAAGUGUUGAGUUGCAGUGUGUGUGGCGAAAGGUUCUCUCAUAAGUACCAGUGUAAGAAACACAAGUGUGCUGGUGAGAACAGCAACAAAUGAAACUGCAGGAUUUGAAAUAAACUGUCAUAACUUUAACUUUGUCUUCCUAAGAACAUCAGCAAUUUAAAGGCCUACUGAAAGCCACUACUACCGACCACGCAGUCUGAUAGUUUAUAUA